AUGGCUCCCUUAUCUUGGUUAAUAGCGAUCCUCUUUGUUGCCCUAAUCCUCACUCCCCAAGGGCUUGCAGAUUAUUACAAACCCCCUUAUAAGCAUGAUGAGCCUCCUAAAUACAAGCACCCAAUUGAAAAACCACCGGUUUACAAGCCUCCGGUUUACAAACCUCCGGUCUAUAAGCCACCGGUUUACAAGCCACCCGUGCACAAACCACCGGUUUACAAGCCACCGGUUUAUAAGCCACCCGUGCACAAGCCGCCGGUUUACAACAAGCCACCGUACCACCAUGACAAGCCUCCUCAUGGCAAGUACCCUCCACAACAUGACUAA